AUGGCCUCACUGGGUUCAAUUCAACCCUACGGGCAUCUCGUCCGGUCGGCCCGGACCAACCUGGCCUACGUCCCACGCCGCACCCUGACCUCGACCGUCAGUCGGUAUGCGCAAGAGGGCAACAACUCCCCAAACGAACCCAAAGAGACCAAGCCCAACCCGGAGUCCCAGCAAAAAUCGUCCAAGCCGUCCGCCCUCUCCUCCAUCAAGAACUUCUUCUUCGGCGGCAACAAGUCCGACGCCCCCAAACCCACGAUUCGCCCCGUCACCGCCCCUCCGAAACGCGAGGGUUCUCUUGGCACAGACUCAAUCUUUGCCGAAGAUGAAGCUGGUCCGAAGCUGAUCACCAAGGGACGCACCCCGACCAGUCGCAAGGCCACCGAUGGGGAGGCCCCCACAGAAGAGGAGCGGGCGGCAGCGGCAGCGGAGAGGACUUUCGCUGUGGACAAGCGGAACCGGGCCACGAUGCAGGCGGUUCUGGACCCCAAGCCGAACACGCGGCUGCGGUGGGAGAAGAAGAUGGUGAUUCGCGAGGUGCGGCGUCGCGGCCGUCUGACGCGGACGGAGCAGAUCAUGCGCACGGAGCGCGAGCAGCUGGCCAAGUCGCACUUCUUCAAGACCUCCAUCAAAAAGCUGGGCCCCCUGGCCCGCCAGAUCGCGGGCAAGAACAUCGACGAGGCCAUCCUGCAGAUGCGGUUCAGCAAGAAGAAGGCCGCCAAGGAGGUGCUUGAGCACCUCAAGCACGCAAAGAACCUGGCCGUGGUUCGCUCUGGUAUGGGAUUGGGCGCUGUGCCCCCCAAGGAGGGCGAGGAGGUCGCUCCCAAGCCGAAGCCCGUCACCAUCACCCUCAAGGACGGCUCCAAGAAGACCAUUACUGACCCCACCUCCAUCUACAUCGAUCAGGCCUGGGUCAACCGUGGUCCUUACGGCUAUGAAGCAGACCACCGUGCCCGCGGUGUUAUCAACAUGAAGCGACCCCCUUACACCGGUCUGUCUGUCGUGCUCAAGGAAGAGAAGACUCGCAUUAGAGAAUGGAAGGACCGCGAGGCCCGCGAUCUCCGCCGCCGCAGGGCUCUCCUCUGGACUCCGCUCCCAGAUCGCCCGAUUUCCCAGCAGAACCCGUACUACUCCUGGUAG